UCCCGGCCCCCUCCCUUCCUCUCGCCGUCUCACAGUCGCUCUGCAGCCUCCGGCGACCGGGGGGGAUGUGAGGCCGGCGCCCCGGCCCCCCGCCCGCCAUGAGCCCCCGGCUCUGAGGGCCCCGGCCCCUGGAUGCACAGCCCCGGCGCGGGCUGCCCUGCCCUCCAGCCAGACACACCAGGCUCUCAGUCCCAGCCCAUGGACCUGCGAGUGGGCCAGCGGCCCCCCGUGGAGCCCCCACCGGAGCCUGCGCUGCUGGCCCUGCCGAACCCCCAGCGCCUGCACCGCCACCUCUUCCUAGCAGGCCUCCAACAGCAGCAGCACUCAGCUGAGCCCAUGAGGCUCUCCAUGGACCCACCAGUGCCGGAGCUGCAGGGGGGACAGCAGGAACAAGAGCUUCGACAACUCCUCAAUAAAGACAAGAGCAAGCGAAGUGCUGUAGCCAGCAGUGUGGUCAAACAAAAGCUGGCCGAGGUGAUCCUGAAGAAACAGCAGGCGGCCCUUGAGAGGAUGGUCCAUCCCAGCAGCCCCAGUAUCCCCUACAGAGCUCUUGAGCCCCUGGACACCGAAGGCGCUGCCCGCACCGUGCUUAGCAGCUUUCUGCCUCCUGUUCCCAGCCUGCCCCCUGAACCCCCGGACCACUUUCCCCUGCGUAAAACAGUGUCUGAGCCCAACCUGAAGCUGCGAUAUAAGCCCAAGAAAUCCCUGGAGAGGCGCAAGAAUCCCCUGCUCAGGAAGGAGAGUGCCCCGCCCAGCCUUCGGAGGAGGCCUGCAGAGACUCUUGGAGACUCCUCCCCCAGUAGCAGCAGCACACCUGCGUCAGGGUGCAGCUCCCCCAAUGACAGCGAACAUGGCCCCAAUCCUGCCCUGGGCUCAGAGGCGCUCUUGGGCCAGCGGCUGCGGCUGCAGGAGACCUCUCUGGCCCCGUUCGCUUUGCCGACAGUGUCCUUGCUGCCCGCAAUCACGCUGGGGCUGCCUGCCCCUGCCAGGGCUGAUGGUGACCGCAGGACCCAUUCGACCUUGGGCCCCCGGGGUCCAGUCCUGGGGAACCCCCAUACUCCCCUCUUCCUGCACCAUGGCCUAGAGCCAGAGGCUGCUGGCACCUUACCCUCUCGCCUGCAGCCCGUCCUCCUGCUGGAUCCCUCGGUCUCUCAUGUCCCACUGUGGACUGUGCCUGGGCUUGGGCCCUUGCCCUUCCACUUUGCCCAGCCCUUACUGACCACCGAUCGGCUCUCCGGGUCAGGCCUCCACCGGCCACUUAACCGGACCCGCUCAGAACCCCUGCCCCCCAGCACCACCGCCUCCCCUCUGCUGGGCCCCCUGCAGCCGCGCCAGGAUCGGCUCAAACCUCAUGUCCAGCUGAUCAAGAGGCCUGCCAAGCCCAGUGAAAAGCCUCGACUGCGGCAGAUACCCUCGGCUGAGGACCUCGAGACAGAUGGUGGGGGAGCGGCCCCUGUGGUGAAUGACGGCCUGGAACGCAGGGAGUCAGGCCACGUGCCUUCUGAGGGCAGAGGCCCCGUUUCUCUGCAGCAGCACCAACAGGUGUCCCUCUGGGAGCAGCAGCGUCUCGCUGGGCGGCUCUCCCAGGGAAGCCCCAGGGACUCUGUGCUGCUACCUCUGGCCCAGGUUGGACACCGGCCCCUGUCCAGAACUCAGUCUUCCCCAGCGGCCCCCGUUUCCCUGCUGAGCCCAGAGCCCACCUCUCAGACCCAAGUUCUCAACAGCUCAGAGACGCCUGGCACAGGGCUGGUCUAUGACUCUGUGAUGCUGAAGCACCAGUGUUCCUGUGGAGACAACAGCAAGCACCCUGAGCAUGCAGGCCGCAUCCAGAGCAUCUGGUCCCGCCUGCAGGAGCGGGGUCUCCGCAGCCAGUGUGAGUGUCUCCGAGGCCGAAAGGCUUCCCUAGAGGAGCUGCAAUCAGUCCACUGUGAAAGGCAUGUGCUUCUCUAUGGCACCAACCCACUCAGCCGACUCAAACUGGAUAACGGGAAGCUGACAGGACUUCUAGCGCAGCGGACGUUUGUGAUGCUACCCUGUGGCGGGGUUGGGGUAGAUACCGACACCGUCUGGAACGAGUUGCAUUCCUCCAAUGCAGCCCGCUGGGCAGCAGGCAGUGUCACCGACCUUGCCUUCAAAGUAGCUUCCCGGGAGCUGAAGAACGGCUUUGCUGUGGUGCGGCCCCCGGGACACCAUGCAGACCACUCUACAGCCAUGGGCUUUUGCUUCUUCAACUCCGUGGCCAUCGCCUGCCGACAGCUCCAGCAGCAAGGCAAGGCCAGCAAGAUCCUCAUUGUUGACUGGGAUGUUCACCAUGGCAACGGCACACAGCAGACGUUCUACCAGGACCCCAGUGUGCUGUACAUUUCGCUGCAUCGCCAUGACGAUGGAAACUUCUUCCCAGGCAGUGGGGCUGUGGAUGAGGUGGGCACGGGCAGUGGUGAAGGCUUCAACAUCAAUGUGGCUUGGGCCGGGGGCCUGGAUCCACCCAUGGGGGACCCCGAGUACCUGGCUGCCUUCAGGAUAGUGGUGAUGCCCAUUGCCCGGGAGUUUGCUCCAGACCUGGUCCUGGUGUCUGCUGGGUUUGAUGCUGCGGAGGGUCACCCAGCCCCGCUGGGUGGCUACCAUGUUUCUGCCAAAUGUUUUGGGUACAUGACACAGCAGCUAAUGAACUUGGCCGGAGGCGCAGUGGUGUUAGCCUUAGAGGGUGGCCAUGACCUCAAAGCCAUCUGUGACGCCUCUGAGGCCUGUGUGGCAGCUCUUCUGGGCAACAAGGUGGAUCCCCUCUCGGAAGAAGGCUGGAAGCAGAAACCCAACCUCAAUGCCAUCCGCUCUCUAGAAGCUGUGAUCAGGGUGCAAAGGAAAUACUGGGACUGCAUGCAGCGCUUGGCCUCCUGUCCAGACUCUUGGCUGCCCAGGAUGCCAGGGGCUGAUGCAGAAGUGGAAGCUGUGACGGCACUGGCAUCCCUCUCCGUGGGCAUCCUGGCUGAAGACAGGCCUCCGGAACAGCUGGUGGAAGAGGAAGAACCCAUGAAUCUCUAGGGUUUCAGAACACACCACCUGCCCAUCAGAUAUGGCUCUCCUCACCUCUGUUGUCAGCCCUGCUCCGGGGUCUGCAGAGAUCCUCUGGACAGGUAGUCAGGUCCAGAAUGCAGCCUACCCUGACCGCUACCCCAAGGAACUUGAGAAGGCCACCGGGUAUGGGAUGGGCACCAGGGAGGACUCUGUGAGGAGGCAGGCUGGGUCUGGGGUCUUCUAGAGCAGACCCGGCCCUCUGCUGUCCAGGCCCCUCGCUGUGGCCUCUAUCCCUCAGGACCGCACAAAGGAGGACUGGCUGAAGUGGGCCCACCCAUAACCACUAUUUCUAACUUGGCUUCAGCCUGGGUGGCCCUUCCUGGGUUCUGGAGGGCUAAAGGAGUGGGAGGAGCCAAGGGCCCCCUAUUCCUGAGAUCAGGAGAGUUUCCUCCCACCUGCUUCCCCAGAUGCCUUUGUGGUAGCACUAGGCCCUAAGAGCCACUCUGAGCUGCGCUCUCCCCGUGCAUGAGCAGUCACCUGUAGGCCUCCCAUCUGGUCACUGUCCCACCAGAGGCCACCCUGUGAGGAACUAUCUCAGUGCCCUGGUGCAGUAGACAGAUGCUCUCUGUGCUUCCUGUCCCAAUGGUGCCAAACCUUCAUCUCCCUUCAAAAGCACAACACAGUCCCAGGGAUGCCUGGGCACUGGCCCCAGUUUGAGCCUUCUGUUUCUGGGGCUCCCCCACCCUCAGCUCUGACCGCUGCCCCACCCAGGACUAGCUUAACUGAGGGAGGAUAAGGUGGGAGAGUAGACAGACAUGGAGAAGGGGAGGCCACCCCAGAAGCCCUCAAGGCUUCUGAGGUCUUGGCCUGGGUCCAAGGAAGAGUAUUUGUGUGUAUGUGUGUGUGCAGGUGUGUGUGUGCGUGGGGGGGGGGGGAGUGUGUGUGUCUUCUCCAGAACCCAACAUACCUUGUGUAUGUAUGCAUGUUUUUGUAAAAAAGAAAAAAAAUGAAAAAAAAAAAAAACUUCUGAACAAUAUAUGUUUUAUUUGCUUUAAAGUCCUUGUGAGAACGCCUCCUGGAUGUUGGUGGGACAUCAUCAGUGGGGUGGUGUGCGCGCCGGACACCCUGCAGUG